AUGAUAAUAACGCAAGAUUUGAAGAGUUUAUUGCAGCAAAAUAUUUUAAUAUCAACGCGUAUAACCACUGGUGGUCUCAACUGGUUAAGAUACUCAUGGGCAAACGGUAUCGACACCAUUCUCGCUGACGAGAUGGGUCUGGGAAAAACAAUUCAAACUAUCGCAUUCCUCUAUUCCUUAUACAAGGAAGGCCAUUGCAAAGGACCUUUUUUGCUUUCGGUUCCGCUUUCGACUAUAAUCAAUUGGGAGAGGGAGUUUGAAACUUGGGCUCCUGAUUUUUACUGCGUUACUUAUACCGGUUAUAGGGAUACUCGCGCAGUCAUCCGCAAUAACGAAUUUACAUUUGAGAAAGGCGCAGUCGCCAGAUCCGGAAGGGCUUUCAAAUUAAAAUCCAGUUCUCUCAAAUUUAACGUACUUUUAACAAGCUAUGAACUUGUUUCAAACGACUACGCCUGCUUGGCCUCUAUUGAUUGGGCUGUACUAGUCGUUGAUGAAGCUCAUAGGCUUAAGAGUAACCAAUCAAAAUUCUUCAAGACCCUAAGCAGUUAUAGAAUUCGCUAUAAAUUACUCUUAACUGGCACUCCUUUACAAAACAGCUUGAAAGAAUUGUUCCAUCUCCUUAACUUUUUAAACUCUGAAAAAUUCAACGACUUGCAAACCUUCCAAAACGAAUUUGCAGAUAUUUCCAAAGAAGAGCAGAUCAGAAAAUUGCAAGAAAUGUUGGGCCCACACAUGUUGCGUCGUCUAAAAUGCGACGUAUUCAAAGACAUGCCUUCAAAAUCAGAAUUUAUCGUGAGAGUAGAUAUGAGUCCUAUGCAGAAGAAAUACUAUAAAUAUAUUUUGACAAAAAACUUCGAAGCUCUAAGCCCCAAAGGGGUGGUUAAACAAUCUUCUUUGCUUAACAUUGUGAUGCAUUUGAAAAAAUGCUGCAAUCAUCCUUAUUUAUUUCCUGCUGCCGCGGAUGAGGCUCCAAUGGGAGCUUUUGGACAACCUGAUAUUCAACAUCUUACGAAAGCUGCAGGUAAGCUGGUCUUGCUGUCGAAAAUGUUGAAAAAACUUAGAGAACAAGGACAUCGUGUUUUGAUCUUCUCUCAAAUGACAAAAAUGUUGGAUAUUUUGGAAGAUUUCUUAGAUGGAGAAGGAUACAAAUUCAACGUUCCUGGUGCCGUGCAGUCUGUUUUCCUAUUGUCCACCAGAGCUGGAGGUUUGGGUAUCAAUUUGGCCACUGCCGAUACCGUAAUCAUUUACGAUUCUGAUUGGAAUCCGCACAACGACAUUCAAGCUUUUUCUCGCGCGCAUCGUAUCGGUCAAACCAACAAAGUGAUGAUAUAUCGCUUUGUAACGCGUAAUAGUGUAGAAGAACGAAUAACGCAAGUUGCCAAAAGAAAAAUGAUGUUGACCCAUUUGGUUGUACGCCCCGACAUGGGUGGUAAACGUGCUAGUUUCACCAAACAAGAAUUGGAUGAUAUUUUGAGAUUUGGUACCAAAGACUUAUUCAAAGAAGAAGAAGGCAAAGAGGAAGAGGCGAUUCAUUAUGACGACAAAGCAGUGGCAGACCUUCUGGAUCGAAGCAAAGAUGGUAUCGAGCAAAAAGAAUCUUGGGCCAACGAAUAUUUAAGUUCCUUUAAAGUUGCAAGUUAUGCUACCAAAGAAGGUGAAAAUGAGGACGAUAUUAAUACUGAUUUAUUAAAACAUGAAUCUGAAAAUACUGAUCCUGCUCACUGGAUUAAGUUGCUUAGACCUAAUUAUGAACAGGAACAAAAAGAUAAUUCCCAGACUUUAGGCAAAGGAAAACGUGUACGUAAGCUAGUUAAUUACAAAAUUGGCAGAACGGCUACCGAACCUGUUGACGAUAGUAGUUGGCAGGGCAAUUUGUCUGACAAAGUUACUUACCAAAAUCAAAUGUCCUGUAGAUCAAAGUUAAUUUCAUUGAAUGCACCCAGCAUCGGAAUAAUUAAAAUGCAGGCUUAA